AUGUUUUUCUUCUUCUUAGCCUUCCUUUUGGGAUUGGUCUUAGCGGAUUCAUGCAGCUCAAACAACGGACAGUUUGCUUGCAGUGGCAACGACAUUGCAAUGAAAGCGUCUGCAGAGGACUCGAGAUGGCAAACGCCACCACGUGGCAGUGCAGACUGGGUAGAGGGGUAUCAGGGAUACUCCCAUGUAGUUGGGUACGCACAGGUGAAGUACACAUCGACUGCGAGAACAGCAGCAACUGUUACUGUUGUUCCAUCUGUGAACCCAAAAUAUAACAUCAAAAAGAUCACAUACGAAUACAAUGGUGUCGCCUCAGACUCUGAAGUGUACCAAGUCUCUAAAGAGACACUCCCAACGGAGGACUUGAAGAUUAAAGUGAUUGUCCAUAUGGACAACGAAGAGACUGAAUACAUCAAUUUGGAACCCCUCGACUUCGUCUGGAGUAUUCCAGCAGCCAAUUUGCCAUCUAACUAUCAAAAGGGACAGAAGGGUGGUAUCGUUGAAAUGUUUGGAUGGCCAUUUGAAGAUAUUGGAAAGGAGUGUGAGUUCAUGGGCAAAGCGGGGUGGCUUGGCGUGAAAGUGUAUCCCCCACAAGACGGAGUUCUUUCAUUUGAUCAACCACAGGACAAUUUGUUGAAUCCAUGGUAUUGGGUCUACCAACCCGUCGCUUACAAGUUGACUUCGCGUAUGGGGACUCGUGCGCAAUACAGAGAGAUGGUCAAGAAGUGCCGAGCUGCAAAUGUCUUAGUGUACAACGACAUGGUCUUGAAUCACAUGUCUGGUGGAGGAAAUGAUGUGUUGAAUCACUGCAAUGGAGGGACAUUCUGGGGACCAAAACAGUCAUUCAGCAAUUCGCCGUACUACACAUUGGGAUUCACAUAUGGCACAGACAAGUACACUGGUAAGAUCAACACCGCCGAAUACCCCGGCUCAGCAUAUGGCCCAUUACACUUCCACUGUGAAAGAUCGCUCAACUCGUGGAGUGACGGAUUCAUUAUGAAUGCUGGAUAUCUCUCCGGUUUGACUGAUUUGGCCACCGAGAAUGAUUAUGUCAGAGACAGAAUAGCGACGUGGAUUGUCGAGAACUUGGGAGCGGGUGCUUCUGGUAUUCGUAUGGAUGCUGCUAAGCACAUCUGCCCCGAUGAUAUUGCUGCCAUCUUUGGUAAGGUGAAGACGUACAUGGGUGGGGCGUUACCGGACGACUUCAUGGCAUAUCUUGAAGUGAUUACCGGCGGUGAAGGAUAUUUGUUGGUCACUGAUUAUAACAACUAUCAGUACACUCAAUACUUGACUGAGCAACUCCAGAAGAAUGGCUUGAGUGAGAGCGACAUUAUGAAGGUGAAGAUCUGGCAAAGUUGGUAUCCAAAAGAAUGGGGAAUGGGCGAAGGAACAAUUGCAUGGGAGAGACUUGUGAUUGAAAAUGAUGACCACGACCAACAGAAGCCAGGAAGCUCAUCGCGUGAUAUGCAAGACUUUGGCUCCGUCUUAGUCAAAGAGAAAGACAUCAACAAACACAGAAACUUUGAAGUCCAAUUGUUCUCAAGAACAGACAGAAACUGGACACACCGAUUGUUAUUGUCUUCAUACACAUUACAAGAUGGAUUGAAUGGAAAUGACGGAUUCCCCGAUGGACUUUCUGACUGUUCUUUGUGCACUGGAAGUUAUUGUGGCAGUUGCAAGUCGAUUCCAAAGAGGGACGCAUAUGUCGCUGAUGCUACUGGAUAUACAGUCGAAGGAUGGAGAGGCAGUGACUAUACCAGAACACACAGAGACACUGCUAUUAUCAAUGCCAUGAGAGGAUGGAUGGGCUUAGGUUCCAUCUCAGCCAAAGAACUUGGUAUCAAAGACGAGUAA